CUAGAAGAAAAGAAUGAAGUCUGACACCAUCUCACAUCUACCGCUAAAGACUGCCAUCAUAUGUAAAGACUGGAGAUCUUGCAGGUGUUGAGUCUCUCAGCAGUAGAAACACAAACUAAACUGAUGCUCCUUGACUCUCCUCCGUUUUUAAACCUCCUCUUCCCUCCUCCUCUUCCUCCUCCUCCUCCUCUCUUCCCUCUGCUGUCUCGGGGAACCGCGCGCUUUGGCUCUCCGAUGUGAGGAGUUGGCCCGUGCGUAAUAGUCGGGCUCCGUGCGCGCCGCCAUGGCUUAUCCUCCUCAGGGUUUCCUGUUCCAGCCGUCCGUGUCUCUGGCUCUGCACUCCUGUCCGUCCUUCGGCUCCGGACUCCUCCUGGGACCGAGGACGGAGGAGCUGGGCCGCUCCUCUUCGGGCUCAGCCUUCGCUCCGUACUCGGGAUCAGCGAACUCUCCCGGUUUCAGCUCGCAGCUCCCGUACGGCGGGGAGCCCCGGGCCGCCGCCGCCGCCGCCGCGCUCGGCUCCUAUGUGAGUCCAGGGUAUGAUCCGUCCUCGGGUGUCUCCGGCUCCUUGGACUACCACCCGUUCGGGGCCUUGGGGCCCUACCCUUACGGAGACCCCGCCUACAGGAAGAAUGCCACGCGGGAUGCUACGGCCACGCUGAAGGCCUGGCUCAACGAGCACCGGAAGAACCCGUACCCCACCAAGGGAGAGAAGAUCAUGCUGGCCAUCAUCACCAAGAUGACGCUGACGCAGGUGUCCACCUGGUUCGCCAACGCACGCCGGCGGCUGAAGAAGGAGAACAAGAUGACGUGGACGCCGAGGAACCGGAGCGAGGACGAGGAGGAUGAAGAUAACAUCGACCUGGAGAGAAAUGACGACGAAGACGAACCGAUCAAGUCUGUCAACGGCGAGCUCGAGACCGAUAGAGAAGACGCUUCUCGUCUUCCUGCCUCUGUGGGGACCGCCUGUGUGUUGGUGUACAGAGAGGACAGCGGUAGCAGCAGUGACACUGACCCAGACUUUAAAGACUCGGGGGACCAGAGGCUGCCUCUCCUCCCGGUCCCCACUCCUCCCCUAAACACACCCCUGGGGACGGUCAGAAUGCCAGAGACGGAGCGACCGCCGAGCCCGCCGUCUAAAAAGCACGUUUACUCUUGCGGCGCCAUCCAGGGACCGAACCCGGCUCCGAAACCCAAACUGUGGUCCCUGGCUGAAAUCGCCACUUCUUCGGAUAAAAGUAAAGGAUCUAGUGACUCUUCACAGAGCAGGGGGGCCCCGGUCCGGACCCCGUACCUGCACAGUCCCACCCUGCCCCGACACCUCUACUAUGCCUCCCCCUUCGUCCCGGGAUACUCGAGCUACGCCGCUCUGGGGCCAAUGCACGGCGGCUCACACAUAGGCGGAUUACAGCAGACGAUGCUGCAGAGAGCCGAGGCGAUGGCCAGAGACUGCAAACUGCGCAGUCAGAGCCAGAUGGAGCUGAACAAACUCAAGGAAGGCACGACGAACCUUUGAACACGUUAUCCACCGGGACCGGUGAACCUGGGUAGACGCUCGAUCAAUAGAUGCACGUGUCAACACGGGCAGGCGUCAACACUGCAGGCUUUAACACUGUUCAACAGACGUCACUGCAUUGUUUACACUUUACUAUUUUGGUUGCUGAUCUUGAUAAUAAAUGUUUCCCCAAUUUUGGAUCACAUUCCUGUUGGAACCGCCUCAGUCUCACUCCCAGCACAUCAGUUACAGUUACUGACGCAAAAAGUCUCCUUUAGCGUCUCAGUCAGACGUAGGGAACUAAGUCCAGUAUAAUCCCAUCCACGGAGAUAUCUGAUGCUCUGGGUAACACUUUGGAGUAAUUGUUAAAAUGCUGAUUGAAGACUUUUGGUGUCAUUUUAGAUGCUCUGGGUAGGGCGUAUUUUUUUAACGUGCAGGAUAAAACUACUAUCCUGUCUCUCUACAUACUACUCUCUACUACUGU